UCAGGUAGACCAUUCAGGACACCAUCCGGACAUACGCCUAAAUGGACAGAUGAGGUUAAAUGGACAUCCGCGAAUGUGUUUGAUCAGAAUACAUACGCAGACGUAAUCAAACAGUCAGAUGCAGUUGUCCACACUAUAGGAAUACUCUUAGAAAGUGAUUAUAAGAACGGUCCAUUGGAUGCUCUCAAGGGUUUGAUAGCUGGAAGAGAGAAUCCAAACCCGUUAACUGGCGGUUUAUACGAGAGGCUGAACCGUGAUGCGGCUAUACGCGUAGCAGACGUUUACAAGAAUACUAGAACCACACAAGAAGACAAUCCAUUCGUCUAUAUCUCAGCAGCUGAUAUAUUCAGACCACUCAUACCAUCGAGAUAUAUUUCAACAAAGAGAGAGGCAGAGGAAUAUCUGAAAAGAUUAGAUGGUAUAAGGGAUAUUAGUCUUAGACCUGGAUUGAUGUACCACCCACACACCCGGCCGAUAUCUACGAUACCUGCAACAAUGAUAGAUAUUUUGAACAAACUUCCUAAACCUUUUAUUAAUGGUUUAGAUGCCGAUAGUAAUUUACAAAGCGUACAAAAUUUACUGCAUACUUCCGCAUUGCAUAUCGAUACCGUCGGAGCAGCAGCUUUGGAAGCUAUACUAGACAAAAGCCAAUCUGGAGACGUGAAUGUGGACGAUAUUAAGAGACUGGCAUGGAAAUCUUAA